AUGAAGACAAGUAUAGUGAAAACACAAUUCUCUUUUGUAAAUAUCCCCAAUGUGGUUUUACCAGAUAUUGAAAUGGAAAUAAGAAGGAUGGAAAAUGGAGACUGCAGCUCUUUUUCUGAAGAUGAGAGUGCCUCUUCAUUUGAAGAAUCAGAAAGCGAAAACCUGCCUGCAGGAGGAGCCCUUAGGAAGAGUUCCCGCAGAAAGCGAGGACCUUCACAGAGGGAACACUAUCUGCCCGGUGCCAUUGCACUUUUCAAUGUCAACAACAGCAGCAAUAAGGACCAGGAGCCAAGAGAAAAAAAGAAGAAGAAAGAAAAGAAAAACAAAUCAGACGGUAAAAAUGAAAAUAAAAAGGUACCAGAGAAGAAAAAGAAGAAAGAGAAAGAAAAGAAAGUGGACAAAAGCAAAGAUAAGAAAGAAGAGGAGAAGAAAGAAGUCAUGGUCAUCGAUCCCGCAGGAAACAUAUACUACAACUGGUUGUUUUGUAUCGCGAUGCCUGUUAUGUACAACUGGACGAUGAUUAUUGCAAGAGCUUGUUUCGAUGAACUUCAGUCCGAUUACCUAUUAUAUUGGUUCAUUUUUGACUACUUAGCAGAUGGAAUCUAUGCUAUGGAUAUGUUUGUGCGAACAAGGACAGGUUACUUGGAACAAGGACUGCUGGUGAGGGAAGAGACUAAACUUCUAAAAAAAUAUAAAUCUGAUAUGCAAUUUAAACUUGAUGUCUUAUCCAUGGUACCCACUGAUCUGCUAUUUUUUAAGCUGGGGUGGAGCUACCCCGAAAUUAGAUUAAACAGACUGUUAAGGAUCUCUCGUAUGUUUGAGUUCUUCCAGAGAACAGAAACAAGGACAAACUACCCUAACAUCUUCAGGAUUUCUAACCUUGUUAUGUAUAUCGUCAUCAUCAUCCAUUGGAAUGCUUGUGUGUACUACUCUAUUUCCAAAGCAAUUGGAUUUGGAAGUGACACAUGGGUCUAUCCUGAUGUUAAUGACCCUGAGUUUGGCCGUUUGGCAAGAAAAUACGUAUACAGCCUCUACUGGUCUACACUGACUCUGACCACCAUUGGUGAAACACCACCUCCUGUAAGAGAUUCUGAGUAUAUCUUUGUGGUGAUUGAUUUUCUCAUCGGAGUGUUAAUUUUUGCCACCAUUGUUGGUAACAUAGGUUCUAUGAUUUCCAACAUGAAUGCAGCUAGAGCAGAAUUCCAAGCAAGAAUUGAUGCUAUAAAGCAAUAUAUGCAUUUUCGAAAUGUAAGCAAAGACAUGGAAAAGAGAGUUAUCAAGUGGUUUGACUAUCUGUGGACCAACAAAAAAACAGUGGAUGAGAAGGAAGUCUUGAAGUAUCUACCUGAUAAACUAAGGGCAGAGAUUGCCAUCAAUGUUCAUUUAGACACACUGAAAAAGGUGCGCAUUUUUGCUGACUGCGAAGCUGGCCUGCUAGUAGAGUUGGUCCUGAAAUUACAACCCCAAGUCUACAGUCCUGGAGAUUACAUUUGCAAGAAAGGAGAUAUUGGACGGGAGAUGUACAUCAUCAAGGAAGGCAAGCUCGCCGUGGUGGCAGAUGAUGGGAUUACUCAAUUUGUGGUACUGAGCGAUGGCAGCUACUUUGGUGAGAUCAGCAUUCUUAACAUUAAAGGCAGCAAAGCUGGAAAUAGAAGAACAGCCAAUAUUAAAAGUAUUGGAUACUCAGAUCUCUUUUGUCUCUCAAAAGAUGAUCUCAUGGAAGCGCUGACUGAGUACCCAGAUGCCAAAACUAUGCUAGAAGAGAAAGGGAAACAAAUUUUAAUGAAAGAUGGCCUAUUGGAUGUAAAUAUCGCAAAUGCUGGGGGAGAUCCCAAAGAUCUUGAAGAGAAGGUCACCAGAAUGGAGGGUUCAGUCGACCUUCUGCAAACAAGGUUUGCCCGGAUCCUGGCUGAGUAUGAGUCUAUGCAAGGGAAACUGAAGCAGAGACUAACCAAGGUUGAGAAAUUUCUGAAACCAAUUAUUGAUAUAGAAUUUUCAACCAUAGAAGAGUCUGGAAUGGAAAGUGGACCCACAAACUCUGCACAAGACUAA